CGGCGUUGGCGCGUCAUCUCGUUAGCGUGGGAUCACGUUGCGUGCAGGACGCAGCACGCAAACGCGCGCUCGAAAGAAAAACAAAAACGAACAUUUAAGACCGCAACGCCGCGCCGAGCGGGUCCUCCCGUCAGUCAUCGCGGCCGGGCUGCUCGCUGGCCGCGAAACUAAGCAGAGCAGCACCGCGACUGUCCACAAGGAGCACGGAAGGCGAACAGCAACGACGCACACGGUGCCCACAGCGAGGGACAUGCACAAGAACUACGACACGCGGCCGACCGCUAUGGCGUCUUCCGGCACUCUUUGGACUUCGGUGCUGGUGACGCUCGUCGCCAGCAUAGCGGCCGUAUCCGCACAUGCGCAAGACGGAGACAUCCCGCCGUCCUGCGCUUGGCUGAACGCCGUCCUCGAGGGGUGCUCCGACGACAGCUUCGAGUUCAAGGACAUCUCAGGCUGGGACCUUCUGAAGCGGGAGUACUUCGCCUGCCUCUACUCCCGGAUCAUACAGGCGGACUCGCGCACUACCUGCCAGGACGACGCGCUGCUAAGUCAGGUGGAGGACUGCAGGGUGGAUGCCUACCUGAAGUUAAAGCCCGACGUCAAGCUGAAAAGCCCACCGUUCGACAACUCUGCCCAGCUUUUCAAGAACUGCAUGGCCAAUACGCUGGGUAAGUUCAGGGAAGCUGGCAUGUCCGCCCUGCGCGGGUUCCGGACGGGACUGGACACCGGGUUCCGGACGGGGCUGGACAGUGGGCCGCCGCUGCCGUUCAACAACGGCAAGCCCAACAUCACCAUCGAGUACACGCACUACGUGUGACCACGGCGGCCACAAGUAGACUGCCAAUAAAGAGAAAAAAGAAAAAAGGCCCACUCCGACAUUCCUCAAGGCGAUCCAACAUGUCAGUGCCGCCAGCUAAAUGCGAAGUAGACGUCUGUUAA